AUGCAGUUGCAUGGUGAUGUGUUACCAGCCGACAUCACCAGCACAUCUAACCAGCUGUUCGUGAGAUUCGAGAGUGACUUUAGUAUGGUGGACGAAGGGUUCAGUUUCACCUACGAAGACCAUUGCGCAAAUGUAAUUCCCUGCGCUGCCGACAUUGUUCUCGUGCUGGACCUUUCUUCGAGCAUCCCACAGGACCAGUUUGAACUCGCCCGGGAAUUUAUGAUGGCUUUUGUUGACUGUGAGGUUUUACAAGAAAAGGAUGUCAGGAUUGCAGUCGUCAACUACACCUGCGAAGCGCACACCUACUUCAGCCUCACACCAAUCACCAUGGGGAUGUCGCACGAAAUCGAGCACCUCAUGAGGGGCGACGGAGGCAUAACGUGUACUGGCCGCGCCAUCUACUACAUGCGCCGCACGUCCAAAUUCCGAGCCGCGCCCGAGGCCCAUCACACAGCCGUCAUCCUGACAGACGGACAGUCCGAUGAUCACCAACAAGCCGAAGCUGCAGAUGCGCGGAACGCGGGGAUCGAUCUGUACGCCGUGGGAUUCGGGUACCCGGUUCUUGUGGACUGGGCUGCGCUGGCGACCAUGACCGGCGACCCCGUCGGAUCCCGCGUUUUCGACACCAGCCAGGCCUGCGACGCGGCGCAGAAAAUCGUGGCCGAUCAGUGCGGUGAGUAG